UCCACAAAGUGGAACGUGUAGGUGACACUAAAUUGUUUCCCCACAGGGAGCCCCGAGUCACCGAAGCAGCCCCCCUUCUCGGUGUCUCCGCCUCCCUUUUCUUCUAUCACAAUCUUUUAAUUUUUCUCUUCCAUCUUUUCCUCUCUCUCACUUCUUCUUCUUCUUCAAAACAAAACUCGCAUUUGGAUCUUUUGGUUCAAAUCAAUUCGUGUUUCCUUUGAAGAUCUUACGGUUCCAGCAUAACCGCUGUCGUUUAAAAUGUCGGCGGUUUCGAAUUUCUCACCAUGCUGUUCCGGCGGGAGAUCACUCAGUUCUGUAGCGAUGGACUCGAUGCUCCUGUCGAGCCCGGGGAUCACAGCUCGAAUUUCGAGGCCUUUUAAGAAUGACACAUUCGGCAUCUCUCAAUUAGCUCUCCGUCACCCUAGAAGUGCAAGUAAAUAUCCAAGGAUACAUAUGGCAUUAGUAGAUGAGAGGCUUGCUCGUAGUGGAAAUGUGGCCAAGCCUUCUGAAAUCUUGGCACAUGAUCUUGUUCAAGGAGCACUUGUAAGAUGGAGUUCUGUUGUGGCUGGAUCAUUACCUGAUCCGCCAACAGCUGUUUUUCUGCAUGGCAUUCUAGGUUGCAGGAAGAACUGGGGUACCUUUGCACGGAGAUUGGCCCAAGAAUUUCCAACAUGGCAGUUUCUCCUAGUAGACCUGCGGUGUCACGGUGAUUCAGCAUCGAUUAAAAGGAGGGGUCCCCAUAGUGUUGCCUCCACUGCUCUUGAUGUCUUAAAGCUAGUUGGACAACUAAAAAUAACACCCCGAGUCCUAGUUGGCCACAGUUUUGGAGGGAAAGUUGUAUUAAGCAUGGUUGAACAAGCUGCAAAACCUCUUGCACGACCCGUUAGAGUUUGGGUUCUAGAUGCUACACCUGGAAAGGUUCGAUCUGGUGGAGAUGGAGAAGACCAUCCAGCAGAAUUAAUAUCUUUCUUGAGUACAUUGCCAAAGGAGGUCUCUUCAAAGAGGGAUGUUCUGAAUGCUCUCAUUCAACAAGGAUUUUCCAAAGAGGUGGCACAGUGGGUGGUAACUAACCUUCGACCAACUAGCCCUCCUGGUUCAUUGUCAUCAAGCUUCUCAUGGGUGUUUGACCUCAAGGGAAUCGCUGAAAUGUAUCAAUCCUAUGAAGAAACAAAUUUAUGGAAAAUUGUUGAGGAGGUGCCUCGAGGUGUGCAUGUUAAUUUUUUGAAAGCUGAAAGAAGCUUGCACAGGUGGGCUCUUGGAGAUCUCCAGAGAAUUCAUGCUGCUGAGGAACUUGCUUCUGAAGAGGGAGGUGGAGUUGAAAUGCAUGUCCUUGAAGAUGCUGGCCAUUGGGUACAUGCUGACAACCCAGAUGGGCUCUUUAGGAUUCUUUCAUCUUCUUUUGAGGGAGUCAAAACCUAACGUUAGUUUCACUUUCAGUUUUAGGCUAGUAUAUAUUCCUUCUACUAUAGUAUCUAUUGUAUCAAAAAAAAAUUUAUAUCUUUUUUAUUUUUUUCCAUCCAGCGUUUUCACUUUUUCCCUUGUUCUUAUUAUCAUUACUAUUGUGUAGCAAUAUAUAUACAAGUUUUUCUACCGCAUUUUCCGUU